GUUGGUGCGUGCGAGGGUGUGUGUGCGAGAACAGUGGGGGUGAAGUUGCCAUGAUUUUUUCAUUCCCUCUGCUCUCCUUGCAGUCCUAAAAGCUGAGCCCCCCUCUUCCUCAGUCAGCCAGUCUCUCUCUCUCUCUCUCACAUCUCUAGUUCAGCCUUUUUCCUCCAUUUGGCCAAGCAGCGCCCGCCGCGCGACCCGAAGGCUUCCGGAUCUGGUGCUCGUUGCUAUUCCGUCCGUCGAUAGGAGGCUAGGCUACGCUGAAAGAAGUUGAUGAGCGCAAUUUCACUGAUGGAGUGGAAUGCAAAACCUCCUCUGCAGUGGGAAUGGGAGAAUCUUAUGAUGUUCGGUUCAAAAGCGACUGAAACCUCUAAGCCGCUGCGAGCGACUGAUUGGGGAAUCGAGGCGGAGGAGCUGAUUGACCCCGGGUCCUUAUUUCUGUAUGAGAAUGGUGGCGGCAGCAGCAGUUGUACCAGCAUUGAUCCGGGUUACACUUCUGUGUCCAAGAGCUCGAAAUCGGCUUCUGUCAAUUCUUCGUCUACGGAUGAAUUGAAAAUCUCGAAAUUCUCUGUGGAGGCGCAUGAAGGCUUUUCUCUGCAGAGUAGCAAGAAAGAAUUGGCGGUGAAUGAUUUUACCGGAAUGUCACCGGCACUCGAGCCUUCGGUCUGCUCUGGUGAGCCACUGCUCAGUCUAAAGCUCGGUAAAAGGAUAUAUUUUGAAAAUACUAUUGACAAGGAUCAUGUGAAGACCCAAGACCUUCCUUCGGUCAUGAAAUCACCUGAUACUCCAGCAAAGAGAAACAAAUCCAACUGUCAGGGUACGUCCGCCCCACGCUGCCAAGUUGAAGGCUGUAACCUUGACCUCUCUUCAGCUAAAGAUUACCACCGCAAGCAUAGAGUUUGUGAGAGUCACUCUAAAUGCCCUAAGGUCAUCGUCAGUGGUAUAGAGCGUCGGUUUUGUCAGCAAUGCAGCAGGUUUCAUGGGCUAUCUGAGUUUGAUGAAAAGAAGCGUAGCUGUCGCAAGCGCCUAUCUGAUCACAAUGCAAGACGUCGCAAGCCCCCGCCGGAUGUGACCCAGUUGAAUCCGGCUAGACUGUCUGCACUGUUUUAUGGUGGGAUGCAGCAGUUGAAUCCAGUCUUGAGCAGAGCUCCAGCUAUCCACACCAGGUCUACUGCUAGUUUUAAAUGGGCAGAUACACAGGACACUAAGCUCAUAGAGAAAGGUCCGAAGCUUCCAAUAGGCGGAGGUGUUGGUGAGUGUAUCACUAUCCCAAGCAAUGGGAUACCGGACACCCUCAAGUCCACUGGAUUGGGUAAAAGCUAUAACGAACUUCUAUCAUCAAAAGGCAUGCCAGUCAAAACUACUGGUGGAGGUUUAGGGGAAUCUCUGGCAUCUCCCAAUUUGGACCCAUCGCAAAAUAUUCAACGUGCUCUCUCUCUUCUGUCAACCGAUUCUCGGGAUCCAAUCAGACAAAAAUCGGCAUCGCAUGAGCAUUCUGUUCAUACAAAUAACAAUUGCAUGAGCAGGGAUCAGUCAUCAAUGUAUGGUUUUGGCCAAGGCUCAAGGCUGGCUUCAUCUGGAUACUGGCAUGCUGAACAGCGGCCGAAGCAUUCCCAAACUCACAUCUUGAAUCCUCACAAUGAGAGCAACAUCAUCAGCUUUGGCGGCAGCAGCAUGCAAGAAUGUCUGUUCUCGGAGGCACGGCAUGAAUUUAGCUUCGACUCCGCCCAACUGAACUGACUACAUGUGGGCAUUUGAAACUGCAUUUUCAGGUAACUGUGGCAUGUCUUUAUCUUUCUUGUGCCGGCGCAGUCAUCCAGCUCCAUUUUCUCAGGUCAGACUCGGUGAUGGGGGUGAAUAGAUACACUUUGGAAGCUCCUGCGCCCGUCAGGCAACCUAAAUGCACGGAUUCCGUGAAACUUCUCGCGAAAAAAAGAAAAAGCGUCACUAAGUUAACAUCUCGUACUCUCUUGUUGUUUGCAAAUGUUGGAACUGGCUACGCACUGUUUACUUGCAACAGAUUGCUCAAAUAUAAAACUCGGUCAUGUUUGUGCUUCCGCAUGGUGUAAAUUCUAAAUUUUGUACUUGUCUAA